ACGGUUGUGGAUCCAGUUCAAAGUCAAAUGUUUUCAGCUUUACAAGCUUUCAAGGUUAUUGAAUCCGAUGCUCUGCCUUAUGAUUUAUGUACACGCCGUGAAUUUGCUCGUUGGGUGGUUUCUGCAAGCAAUGCUCUGUCGAGGAACUCAGCAUCAAAAGUAUAUCCUGCCAUGUACAUAGAGAAUGUUACUGAACUUGCAUUUGAUGAUAUCAAACCUGAAGAUCCUGAUUUUCCAUUCAUUCAAGGUUUGGCAGAGGCAGGAGUUAUCUCAAGCAACCUCUCUAACCAAAACGUGCCUUCUACUGAGAGCAGUCGGUUCACGUUCUCUCCAGAAAGCCCUCUAACACGUCAGGAUCUUCUGAGCUGGAAGAUGGCGUUGGAAUACCGACAGCUCCCAGAAGCUGAUAGCAAGAAGCUAUACCAACUAUCUGGUUAUCUUGACAUUGAUAAAAUAAACCCUGAAGCGUGGCCUCCCCUUUUAGCUGACUUAUCCGCUGGAGAACAUGGAAUAACAGCACUUGCUUUUGGGCGUACCAGAUUGUUUCAGCCGUCUAAAGCGGUUACAAAAGCCCAAACAGCUGUGUCUCUUGCCAUCGGUGACGCUUUUGAACUAGUUGGUGAGGAGCUAGCUCGUAUCGAAGCAGAGGCUAUGGCUGAAAACGUUGUUUCUGCACAUAACGCACUGGUUGCUCAGGUCGAGAAGGAUAUAAAUGCUAGCUUCGAGAAAGAGCUUUUAAGAGAAAAAGUAGUAGUAGAUGCAGUGGAGAAAAUGGCUGAAGAAGCAAAGUCGGAGCUGGCGAGAAUUAGAGAUGAGAAAGAAGAGGAGACUCUUGCAUUGGAGAAGGAACACACAUCGACUGAAACAGAAAUGGAGGCUCUUGCAAGGAUACGAAAUGAGCUGGAGGAACAACUUCAAAGCCUUGCGAGUAACAAGGCCGAGAUGUCGUACGAGAAAGAGAGGUUUGAAAGACUUCAGAAGCAAGUGGAGGAUGAGAACCAAGAGAUACUCCGGUUGCAAAACGAGCUUGAAGUUGAAAGGAACGCUUUAUCUAUAGCCAGGGAUUGGGCUGAGGAUGAAGCGAGAAGAGCAAGAGAACAAGCAAAAGUGCAAAUAGAAGCUAGAGGACGUUGGGAGAAGUAUGGCAUAAAAGUGAUUGUUGACAGUGGCCUCCAUGAACAGACAACAACGGAAUCUACUUGGCGGAACGUAGGAAAGCAAAAUCCUGUUGAAGGAACCAUGAAAAGAGCUGGAAGUCUGAUUGCUAAGCUCAAAAAGAUGGCGAAAGAUGUAGGAGAGAAAUCCAGAGAAGUAAUCUACUUGAUCAUUGAGAAAAUAAGCCUUCUGAUAUCAGCCUUGAAACAACAAGUUCAUGGAUUGGAGAACAAAACCAAAAACCUGAAAAUGAAAACCAAGUCUAAAGCAGAGGAAGUGUGGAGACAGACGAGCUUGAGGGUUGAUGAGAUCAGAAGUGUCUCUCUCUAUAGUGAAGGCUAAGGAGACUGUAGAAGAGUUUAAGGACAGAGUUGGGAAACUCGGCGAGAAAUUCAAGUCGAAGUAGGUUUGCGGUUUGGUU